AUGAUGCACUCAAGAGGUUUUGUCCUCUCCGAAAACCAGGCCUUCGCCGGUCAGACUCGAACACCCGGUCCUUCGCGCUUGCAUGCCUCGCCCACGCGCAAGAACAUGACCACAGGCAAGAAGGCGCUGGGCCAGUCCUCGAAGCUGACUGGACAAGAUCUCAACUCGGCAGGGCCCAAACAGCUCUUUGGCGAUCUCAAAGCGUCGCAGUCUCCCGUCAAGGCGCUUGGAAACCGCAACGCUUCCAAGACGCCCGGCCCGUCUCGCUUGGCGCCUGGCAAACAGGAUGCAUCGGCUGGCAAGGGCAAAGGGGCAUCAGGGAGCACUCUCGACUCAUCGCCCACCAAGAAGGGGUCAUCCGAGCUGAGUCCACGCAAAGCAAGCACCUCGAACGCGCUGCGAUCUCUCAAUGGCAAGCAGCGACAGACGACGGAUCUGCCCUUCUCCAAGCCGGGUCAGAACUCGAGCAGCGGGAACGAUGCUUCAAGCACAAUGUUGAUGAAAACACCCGCUCCGUCGCAGCUUGGCAAGGCAAGGGCAAUGAGCCGACAGAACAGCUUUGUCACUCCGGCCGCCAACGUCGGAAGAGCCGGCGCGAUCAAAGCACGCAUGGGCGAAAUGAUGGAUGCAGAGAUGGGUCUGUCGCUGCAGAAGGGAGACAACGCCACGGAACAGGUGACCCAACAGCCAGCGGUGCAGAUGACCGAAGAGGAAAUGUAUCCCGAGAUCGAGUACAUGCCGCCCAGCCACCACGCCAAGCAUCCGGUCUUCGAGUUCCCUGAUGAGCUCGACGAUCUGCCCAGGGCAAAGGAGCUCGGCGCUCAGCUUUCCCGCUUCUCAGCGAUCGGACUUCGGGCGGCUGGUCCUGAUGACCUGAGCGAUGUCGAAGUCACGCCGAUGGAAGAGCUCAUGGACAAUGAUCUGGUGCCGCCGACGCCGACGACGGAUAGUGACGACGACGACCCGUGGCCAGACGUGCCGGUGACAGAAGAGAUCGCCGUCCAGCAGAAGGCACCUUCUGCUCGAUCCACAACCGUUGCUGUCAACGCAGGCAGCAAAGUUGCACAACGUCCGCUCACGAUGGCUCGACCUCUGGCAACGGGGGCCGGCGUCCGCACUAGUAUCGCUCAGAGGGGUCCCGUCAGCUCGAGCAUCCGACCGUCUGCCACCAGCUCGACCACCGCAACUUCGCGCGCAGUGCCGGGCAAAGCCACGCCCAAGCCGGUUGUACGAUCCACUGGCCUUCAGCGGUCCAUCGCAUCAGCGCCAGGCAGUCGACCUGUCUCCUCGACUCCAACUACCACAGCAAGAAGUGCAAAUCUCCCUCGGUCGUCGGCGAAUGUCGCCCGUUCAGCAUCAUCCGUCAGCGGCGCUGCGACUCGACCGCUGAAGGCAGCUAACACGAGCUCUGCUCUCAGACCAGCACAACAACCUUCUGCUGCACCCAGGACCAAGCUCAAUCCCAAGCUGAUUGAUUUUGUAGACGACGAUUUGGGCAAGCAGACAGCAGCGGCGCUCGAUCGUAUGAAUGCCGACGAGGUUCUCGAGCCGCUCCAGCUGGACCUGGGCGAAGUGUCAGAACUCGAGGCUUAG